CAACUCUUUUGACAUUGCUGGAUGGUAUUUCCAAUCAAGGAAGUGUCGGUUUGCGAGACAAAAUAGUUGUCAUUGGUGCAACAAAUCGCCCAAAUGCAUUAGACGAAGUGUUGAGAAGACCUGGAAG